AUGGUUUCUAAAACUUCUUCUUCCUCUUCUUCUUCUUCUUCUUCACCUCCAAAGAAUGUAACAGUAAAUGACUUGAUGAAAGAACUCCCGCAACCAAUCAAGUUUGGAUAUUUAAAGAAACUUGGAGGGAGCGGUAUUUCCAAAAAUUGGAGAAAGAGAUUCUUUAUAUUGACAGAAAGUGGUAUACUUUAUUAUUUUAAACAUAGAACUAGCAAUGAACCAGUUGGAUGUGUAGAUCUAAGUCAAUAUACCAAAGUAUUCAAAGACCCAUCGAAAAAGAAUCUAUUCUAUAUUUUAAACGAGAAUGAUCAACAUACCAGAGUAUUCCAUUUGAUAUCAGAGAAUGCCACCGACCAAGAACAGUGGACCAAAGAGAUCAAUGCCUUUUUCGAGGGAGACAUAUCAGAUCUCAAGAACCAUUUGAUGGAUGUACAGAAAAAGAAACAAUUCAACACACUCACCAAAAACGAAAUGAAGAAUUCUUGCAACGACUAUGCCUCGACGGCGUCAUCAUUGAGUGACAACGGUACUGACGGAGGCACUCAAGGCUCAGAGAGCUCUUCCGACUCGUUUUUAGAUAAUUAUCAAUUGGUGUUUCGUGGUCAUCGAAUCUCUUUGGUUUCAAAUAGUUUUAUUGGUAGUGGCAAUGGCAAUGGUAGUGGUAGUGGCGUUUUAUCAACUUCAACAUCAUCUUCUACAACUACCACCUCUCUUUCCAAUUCACCUCCUCCAACUAGUAGAUUUAAUAAUAUGUAUUUAGGCAACAAUAACAAUGAAACAACCACUUCAACAACAUCGACAACGACCUCACCACAAUUGCAGAGUAAUGUAAAAGUUACUCUCCAACAAAUUGACUAUAAUCAACAUCCAUCAUCAUCAUCCUCUCAACAUUUUGUAGAUGUUGUUAUUGAUGAUGAUGAUGACGACGAUGAUGAAGAUGAUUAA